AUGUCGCUGGCGCUGAAGGCCCGGCAGAAGGCGAGGCGCAAGGGCGGCGCCAAGGAGCGGGUCUUCGGCUGCGACCUCCUGGAGCAUCUCCAGCAGUCGGGGCAGGAUGUGCCCCAGGUGCUGAGGAGCUGCACCGAGUUCGUGGAGCAGCACGGGGUGGUGGACGGCAUCUACCGCCUCUCGGGCGUCUCCUCCAACAUCCAGCGGCUGCGGCAGGAGUUCGAUGGCGACCGCUGCCCCGACCUGCAGAAGGACAUCUACCUGCAGGACAUCCACUGCGUCAGCUCCCUCUGCAAAGCCUACUUCCGCGAGCUCCCCAAUCCUCUCCUCACCUACCAGCUCUAUGACAAAUUUGCCGACGCAGUGGCCAUCCAGAUGGAAGAGGCACGCCUGGUGAAGAUCAAGGAGGUGCUGAAGGAGCUGCCGGUGCCCCACUAUAGGACUCUGGAGUUCCUGAUGAGGCACCUCCUGCACAUGGCAUCCUACAGCAGCCAGACCAACAUGCACGCCAGGAACCUGGCCAUCGUCUGGGCACCCAACCUGCUGCGGUCGAAGGACAUCGAGGCGACGGGGUUCAACGGCACGGCGGCGUUCAUGGAGGUGCGUGUCCAGUCCAUUGUGGUGGAGUUCAUCCUCAGCCACGUCGAGCAGCUCUUCGGGGACGCUCCUCUCCACGGUACGUCCCGGCCAGGGGCAGGGGGAAUGCCCCCACCGUACCAUGUGCCCGCUGCGCUCAGCCAGGGCGACGGGCCCCCCCCCAUCCGGCCCUACCACACCAUCAUCGAGCUCAGCGACCACAGGAGGAAGGGCUCCCUCAAGGCCAAGAAGUGGAGGUCCAUCUUCAACCUGGGCCGCUCCAGCCACGAGGCCAAGCGCAAGCUGGUGAAGGUGGAAGAGAAAGAUGACAAGUGUGGUAAAAUAAGCUUGCGACCAGCCAAGAGCAUGGACUCGCUCAGCUCCGUCCCCUUCGCCAGCGACGGCACAGAUGACCCUCGGCUGAGCAAGAAGCGGUCGGUGAAGCAGCCACCACAGCGCCGCGAGAGCUUUGACACCUGCCCCUCGCCGCCGGCACCAGAAAGCUGCCCCGAGCUGGAUGAGAGCCUGGAGGAGAAGCUGAAGGGGAAGGAGGAGCUGCGGGGCCCCGAGUCGGAGGGUGAAAGCAGCACCAAGUCAGAGCCCACCACCCCCAAAGCCGGCCGGGCCUUGCUGGUAGCUCCCGGCCGCUCGCCCAAGGCCGCCCGCAGCCGUGCCGAGAAGUGCGCAGGGGUCCACAUCUCUGGCCCUUUCUCUGUCACCGUCCCCUUCCACAUCACCUCCAACCUCUCCCGCCUGACGCGGGGGCUGCCGUGCCCGGCGCUGGCCCAGGCGGCCGUGGACAGAGAGCCACCCGCCAGUCCCCCACCGCCUGCCCGAGACUCCGCUGGGGACCCCAAGGCGCCUGAGCACCACAGCGGUGAGAUCCCCGGGGUGCCGGGGGUGCCGCAGGGCUCAAUCCCCCCAACUCCAUCUGCAGGGAAGGCGGACGCAGAGGAGACCCGGCUCUCCCUGGAGCUGCGGGACUCCUUUGCCUUCCUGGACAGCCAGGAGAUGUGGCUGGAGGGCGGCGGGGAUGGGGAGCCAGCGGCGUGGUCCCUGCUGCCAGACACCGGCCCGGGGGACGGCGAGGGGUUCCCGGCCAUAGAGGAGGGGAUGGAGAGCGGGUUCAUGAACCCGGGGGAGCCCCCCACAGAGCAGCCCGCCAGCUACCUCUCCAUCGAGGAGUGCAUGGACGAGGAGAUGUUCUUCAUGGCUCCCAGCGGCUCCGAUGCCGAGGACCGUGACGGGGACACCGACUCGGAUGACAUGUUCCUCAGUGCCCAUGAUGACCUUAGCCCGCUGACGGCAUCGCUGGAGCCUCUCGACCAGCCACCGGGCAACGAUACGGCCCUGGGGACCCUGGAAACGGCCCAGCCCGGCACUGACGGCACCUCUGUGCCGCAGGACAGGUCUCCCACGCUGGAGCCGGCAGGGCUGUGCCCCGCAGAGGAGGAUGCUCCGGGUGAGGGGGAGCACCCCGGGGACACUGCUGGGGUGCCGGCGGAGGGGGGAGCACCGGGCACCAGCCAGGCUCCAGGGGAGGGGGGUGCAGGGGAGGGUGCCACAGAUGGUGGCUCCGGCCCCAGCAGAACUGAAUCGAGCACCAAAGCCAGCCCGGCAGACAAGGCCGGAGGAGCUGGAGGCCAUGUGGAAGCGGGGCCGGUUCCUGACACAUUGGAUGGGGAAGUCGAAGACAGUGGAGCUGGCUCUGGUCCCCCCGCCCCGGAGGAGCCUGGGGAGGGCGAACCCCAGCCUUCACCAGGGUCUCCUCCAGCCUCCUCACUGGAGGAGGCCCCCCAGGAGCCAGCGGAGCCCCCGGUCCCCAGCUCUGUCCCCGAGGUUGUCCCCGAGGCUCUCCUGCCCUCUGCGGCCAGUGCAGAGGGGACAGGUGCCACCCCUGGGAGCAGCCCUGGUUCUCCCUCGCUCUCUGCCUCGGCCCCAGAGCUGUGCAGCAGCCCCCCCGAAACCCCAGAGCCAAGCCGGGCUGAGCCCCACAGGGAGCCGGGGCGCCCUGAGCCCGUGGCCGUGCUGCGCCGCGACGGCAGCGCCCCGGUGCGCCUGGCCGCCCGCACAAUCAGGGUGCAGCAGGCCCGGUCAGUCCCCGUUGUGCCCCCCAAGCCCCAGUUCGCCAAGAUUCCCCCGGCCCUGCAGCCCUGGAUGCCCCCGGCUGACGGCACGUCCUCGGCCACGGAGGGGGCAGCUGCCGUGCCUCCCCGGCAGCCCCCCAGCCCCCCAGCCCCGGAGGGGCCUCCCCAGCAAUCCGGGGUCGGCGGGGCAGCGGCAAGGAGAGCGGGCUGGCGGGAGGGCAGCAGCGUGUCCUUCGACGCGGCGAUGGCCAUGGCUGCCGAGCAGCAGCCGGCCCAGGUGCCGGUGAGGAGGAUCCAGACCUACGGCGGGGGGGAGCCGGUGCCCGCCGCCCCCAAGGCCCUGCCCUUCCAGAAGGCCCCGCUGAGGCCGCGGCUGCUGCGGCCCCUCAGCUGCGUGGCGGCCCCCGAGGGCGAGGCACCGGGGAGGAGCCGGCUGAGCCUGAGCCGGCCGGCAGCACAGGCCGAGGGAGCGGCGCUGCCCCCGCCGCAGCAGCGGGUGGGCACGGAGGGGGCGGCGGGUGAGCGCUGA